AUGAUGCUCGAUCUCCUGACAGCCACUGCCUCGGAUCUGCAAGACCUGCUCGCCUCGCAGCAGUUGCGGAGUGUCGACCUCGUAGAAAAGUAUCGCGCCCAGAUCGACACGUACGAUGGGUAUCUUCACGCGGUGAUCCAGCAGGCGCCCCGGGACUUGGUCCUGUCCAGAGCAAUGGCUUUGGACAAGGAGCGUCAGGAAGGAACAUUGCGCGGGCCGCUUCAUGGUAUCCCGAUUCUUGUCAAGGACAAUAUCGCAACGCAUCCCAGCCUUGGCAUGGACACCACCGCAGGCAGUCUUGCUCUGAAGGGCUCGAAACCACGCCAAAAUGCGACCGUUGUCCAACAGUUGUUGGACGCAGGAGCUAUCAUUAUUGGCAAAGCAAACCUUUCGGAACUCAGCUACUACAAAGGCACAGGAUUAGCUUGCGGCUGGUCUCCAGUGGGGGGUCAGACUCAAUCUGCCUACGUUCGUGGGGGGUUUCGACUCGACAAUGACUCCUUUGUGGGCCACAGCAACACAUCCGGGUCAUCCUCGGGGUCUGCCGUCUCAGUUGCCGCGGGAUAUGCCCCCUUCUCUUUGGGCAGCGAAACCGAGGGAUCUCUCAUCUCACCCUCCAACCGCGCGGCUCUGUACACCUUGAAACCGACCAUGUCGAUCGUGCCCCAGGCCGGAGUCAUACCCGUCGCAAAGCUAUUCGAUUCAGUUGGUCCGAUGACCAAGAGCGCUCGGGAUGUUGCCUUGCUGAUGGAUGUGCUGGUCAAUCCAGAGCUGACCCAAAUCCCCGAGGGCGGCUAUGUUACUGCUGCCACGGGGAAAUGGAAUGGGAUUCGUAUCGGGACCGUGGAUCCGGAUGUUUGGGGCUACGAGGCAGAAGCUCGCAGACCGCAGCCCGGAGCUGAGGAACAAAUGUUGGAAGAAACCCGCUCGGCGUAUACGAAACUCCAGGAACUGGCCGACAGUUAUCAACACCAUGUCCCUCUGAUCACAGAGGAAGCGUUCGAGAUCGAUGGCAAGAACGCCAUCAUGACACUUUUGAGUAGGCUUCCCUUCCAGCAGGCUGGCUUUUCUAGGCCGAUGCGAUACUUAAUUUCCGUGAUUCUGACUCGCAAAACCACAGGCCAUUUCAUCCGUCCGGAAUUUGCAGAGUACAUGUCCACUGUCACUGACAGUCCCAUCUCCACCAUGGAGGACCUGAUCGAGUUCAACAAGGCACAUGCAGAGGUAGAACUGCCCGCCGAAAACCCAAAGCAGGAUUUGCUGGAAGAAUCCGUCUCGAUGAACCUCAGCGAGGCUGAAGUAGAAGCCGCCAUCCAACACGUCCGUGACGUGGGUCGAACUCGGGGGAUUGACAAGAUCUUUAAAGAAUUCAAUGUCAAUGUGAUUGUAGGUCCCGCGGAGAGCGGGCUGACAGGAUUCGCUUCAGCGACUGGAUAUCCCAUUGCGACCCUUCCACUCGGAUAUCUCGACUUCAAUGGACGUCCCCACGGGCUGGCAGCCAUCGCGGGUCCUCACCAAGAUGCUCUCCUCAUCCAGCUCCAAAGCGCAUGGGAAGCGUCCACUGCGCCGCGCAAACCCCCGGUACUUCAGCCAGAGUGGGCUCAUUAUCAGUCAUGA